GCAUGGAAGCCCUAUUGAGAGUAAUGCUAGAGGGUUGAGAGAGCAGACUACUGCGUAGACCUAUUACAUCCACAUACAGCCAUUGCAGUACAUUCACUAUCCAGACAAGACAGCGGAUAUUUAGGCAAAGAUGGGGAAGGAUCCAACAAAACCAAGAGGCAAAAUGUCCUCUUACGCAUACUUUGUCCAGACCUGCCGAGAGGAGCAUAAGAAGAAACACCCUGAGGCAACGGUCAACUUCUCUGAGUUUUCCAAAAAGUGCUCAGAGCGAUGGAAGACUAUGUCAGCUAAGGAAAAAGGGAAGUUUGAAGAUAUGGCCAAACAAGACAAGGUCCGUUACGAGAGGGAGAUGAAAAACUACAUUCCACCCAAAGGCGAGAAGAAAAAGAGGUUUAAGGACCCCAAUGCUCCCAAGAGACCCCCGUCUGCCUUCUUCAUUUUCUGCUCUGAGUUCCGACCCAAGGUGAAGGAAGAGACCCCUGGUCUCUCCAUUGGAGAUGUGGCUAAGAAACUGGGUGAGAUGUGGAACAAAACAUCAGCUGAGGAGAAGCAGCCAUUCGAGAAGAAGGCAGCCAAGCUGAAGGAGAAGUACGAGAAGGACAUCACCGCCUAUCGGUCCAAAGGCAAAGUGGGAGGUCCAGCCAAGGCCCCAUCCAAGCCAGACAAGGCUAAUGAUGAUGAUGACGAAGACGACGAUGAUGAUGAUGAGGAAGAAGAUGAGGAAGAAGAUGACGAUGACGAGUAGAUAAAUAAUAUUUAGAGACUAGCUUGUUGUCUAUAAAGCAUUUAACCCCCCUGUACACUUUACUGAGGCUAUAAAAUGGGUAAGAGAAAUAAACCACCACAACAUCAAAAAACCUGAAAGAAAAAAAUUAAAUAAGGCUGUGUAUAUGAUAUGUUUUUAAGCUGUACAGUUUCUUUUUUUGUUUUCCUGUUUUGUAUAGUUAACACUACAGAA